AAGUUUUUUUAUUGAUGAAACAUAAAAACUUACAUUUCAUCACAUUUUUUAGUUCAUUUUUGAAUGUUUCAAACUAGAAAUCUGACACAUUGCCCGUUUAAUCAAAGCUUCAUGAGUGCUGCUGUGUUGAUCUACAGGACAGGAGUGCAGGAAAAGUGACAUAGUUUCAGGAAAGUCGGCAUUGAUGCGGCAAUUAGACAUCAUCCCUGCUGAUAUGUACGCCGGUGAUCAGUGAUGCAGUAAUGUGAGCCAGGAGGCCAGGUAUCAUCUGUCUCGGCGCCUCUUCAUUAAAGGUGUGUGACCUCCAAUGAAAACAUGAUUGCAAUCAGUGAUGGCAUUUUUUAAUGUGUGGACGUGUCGCAUUCUCAGAGGCACGAGCGGAAAGCGGGAGCGCGCACUCUGUUAACCCUCCCCAACCACACACACACACACACACACACACACACACACACACACACACACACACACACAGCAUCCUCUAUUCCAGGGGGCCACAGGCAGUGAAAGCGCCGCCGUGAACGCGCUCCGUGCCCGAGCCGUUUCCUCCUCGCGCGCUCCCGCCUCAGAGACAGGGCUCGUGGAGAGCCCGGAGAGCAGACGAGCGACAGCAGGGGAGAGAGAAAGAUGGAGGUGAGGGUCGGGGAGAGACUCCUGUGCCUGGCCGCGCUGUCCUGCGUCUUCUUCGCGGACUCGGUCCUCGGGAAAUACGUCAAAGGCAUCGUCAACACCAAAGAGGACUGGGUUUUCCUCACUCGCUUCUGCUUUCUCACCGACUUCGGACGCCUGGACUUCCGGUUCCGCUAUCCAAAGUCUCGCUGCUGUCAGAACAUAUUGCUCUACUUUGAUGACAGUUCUCAGUGGCCAGCCGUGUACAAGAGGUCUGAAAAGAACUGCUACCAGAAGGAAGCAGUGCUGAGGCCCGAGAACAACCAGGUCAUCAACCUCACAACGCGGUACACCUGGUCAGGCUGUGUGGUGGAGGGAGACGGGGACGAGGAGGUUCUCAGCUGCGUGGGCGGCCGUAGUUUCCGCUCGGUGAGGGAGAGAUGGUGGUACAUCGCUCUCAGCAAGUGCGGGGGCGAUGGCUUGCGGCUGGAGUACGAGAUGAAGCUGACCAAUGGCCAGUCUUUCUGGACGCAGCAUUUCUCUGCAGAUGAGUUCGGAAUCCUGGAGACAGACAUCACGUUCCUGGUCAUCUUCUCCAUGGUGUUCCUCCUCUCCUGCUAUUUUGCCUAUAAUCUAAAGGGAAGACAGCUUCUUCACACAACCUACAAAAUGUUUAUGACGGCGGCAGGUGUAGAGGUGCUCAGCUUGUUGUUCCAUUGUGUCUACUGGGGCCUGUAUGCCAGAGAUGGAGUCGGCAACGGCAGCCUGAAAAUACUCGGGAAAUUACUCUUCUCCGUCAGUUUCUUGGUGUUCCUUCUGAUGCUCAUAUUGCUGGGCAAAGGUUUCACUGUCACCAGAGCGAGGAUCAGUCACAGCGGGUCGGUUAAACUGAGCAUCUACAUGACUGUCUACACAAUCACCUACGUCAUCCUCUUCAUCUAUGAGGCAGAGUUCUUUGACCCAGGUGAGGUGCUGUACGCCUACGACAGCCCUGCAGGAUACGGACUGAUGGGCCUGCAGCUGCUGGCCUACGUGUGGUUCUGCUACGCCGUGCUGGUCUCCCUGAAACACUACCCUGAGAAACAGCCCUUCUACGUCCCUUUCUUCACCACGUACACGCUAUGGUUUUUCGCAGUGCCUGUCAUGGCUCUGAUCGCCAACUUCGGGAUUCCGCGUUGGGCCCGGGAGAAGAUCGUCAACGGCAUUCAGCUCGGCAUCCACCUCUACGCCCACAUCGUCUUCCUCAUAAUCACACGACCUUCUGCCGCCAAUAAAAACUUCCCCUACCACGUUCGGACGUCCCAGAUCGGGAUCCUGCUGUCCAGUCCGAAAGGAGGCGAAGGAGGGGAGAGUUUCCCGCAUCAUGCCUAUGGAAACAGCUCCUUCCUGGGAGACUCUCAACCAAACUUCACUGAACUCUUCUCCAUCCAGUCAGAUCCGGUGAAGACAGUGGAGGAGACAGUGGCCCGUAAAGGACCUGAGGUGCCGAGGAACAGCGAGCAGAAGAUCAUCACCACUGCUGCUGACCUGACAGCGAUAUUGCCCCCGCCUCCGCCGCCGAUACCCCCGCGUCCGGCCACGCGCUCAUCCCCGCUGCCACCCCGGCUCCCGUCUUUCACUGAGUAUUUCAGCAUGCAGAGCGGAGGAGGAGGAGGAGGGUUUGGGACGAAGGCAUGAGAUGGUGGGGAAAAAAAAAAAAAGACAGAGGGCAGGGAUGGAAUGGACGGAGUGACAAUACAAAGUAAAGGAAGAGUCAAAGAGGAAAUUCAAGGUGUUACUGUUUAAAGACAUGAGGGGGAAAAAGUUUGGCUGGAUGAAGAAAAGGUGAAUCCCUUUUUUCACCUGUAAAUGGAAAACUAACUUGAAUGGAGGCUGUGAGAUAGGAAUGCUGAGCUUGUUAAAGAAUAAAGAAGCAAUAAAUAUUUGAUGUUGACCAGUAAAAAAAGGCACAGAGGGAGAAAGAUGACAAAGUGGAUGUAGCCAGAGCAAUAGAAUGAUAGCUGUGCACGGGGCGGAAAUGAACAAAAUCCUUGAAAUACUUUUAUUCAAAAAUUCAUGAGGCGUUGAUGGUGUUGCCUGGAAGAGUUUGUAAAUAGCUAGAAGCCGGGAGGGGAGCCACAGCUCUGCGUAGUUCUGUUUCAAAGGGACGGAAAUUUGUUUCCAUGUUUUCUUUUUUCCGCAUCAUUUAAUUCCUGUUGGUGCUGUGACCAUCGGAGGAAUCUCAUGCCAUUACAUUUAUCCAAUUCAUGUAAAAAAAAAAAAAGAAAAAAACAUUUUUUUUUAUGUUUGUCACAUUUUGAUAAAUGAUAGAUAUUUACUCUACAUGGAGUUUGAUGGGUUAAUUUAUAUUCUUAUAUGCCUUCAUUGCAGCUGGUUAUUCUGGAUUGAUAUGCUGAUGUGUAAAUGUAAAAAUGUCACGUUUACUGUGGGCACUUCUAGGUACUCGUUAAAAAAAAAAAAAAAACACGCAUGUUUGUAUUGUAUUUCCCGUCCGAGACGCUGAUUUGUGUACUCCACGUGACCAUAAACUAUUCGCUUAUUGUGUGUAUCAAAAUCUAUACUUUUGUAAAUACAUACAAUAGGCUUUGGUAUAUUUUUGACAGGAUAAAUUCUGUUCACUUGUUACUCCGAUCGAGAACUUGCGCUGUCCGUCUACGCAAUAUAAAAACCAAUAUCUAUCUGAUUCAGUCUGAAUUUUCGCCACAGUGCAGAAUAUGCCUGCUGAAAUAAUGUCAUUUCUGUGUAUGUAGACGUUGGUGAAUGUACUGAUGCAAUACAGCACAAGGACAGGGGUGAUUUUCAAGUUACCACAAUACUUAAGUGCACCUUUUUUUGUCGAAUUCCAUUUUCUGAAGCUGCAAACGCGUCCGUUUAAGAUUUCAAGAAUGGAAAGUCGUUUCAAACACGAGUAACUUCAUCCUCGCCCCUGUCUAGUACCCGAAACAUGAAUCUUUGUUGACUUUAUCUCACUUUAACGUUCAAAGCGCGUGAAAAAAGCCGAACAAAUGUUAAAGUUUUGUAUCCCCCAACAUCGAGCUAUGACUAAACAAAAGAGAAAAAAACAAAAAAAAAAAGCCUUUGUCUGUCCUGCAUGGAGCACUUUAAUGUUCCUGGUCUUAGUCUGUUUAUUCGUGAUGACGUCACCUUAUAAGACUGCUUUGAAAACCUGUAUCCACACCACAUCCGAGUAGUAUUCCAGAUGCAUACGCCUGUAAAUACAGUCUGAAAAAUGUCAUCCAACUGUCCGGGACAUUUUUCGGGGGAACGUGUCACGUUUAGUCGGUGUAAUUUAACACUGAGUUACUGACGUUGUUAUUCACUGAAACUGAGUUUACCACCAGCUUCCUGAAAGAAAAGAAAAGGACACUAACAAAUUCUCCAGUUUUAUCUUGUACAUUCAUUGAUUUCUGGUUCAUAAAAGUGGUGGUACUCGGCUAAUAGUCCACUGAUUUAUCAAUGGCAAUCUUGCUGUAAUGGAGUACUUUAGGGUGUUAGGACUGUGGUGUGUAACUUGUACGAGUGUAGUCAAGAGGUGUAACUUAGUCUGUGAAACAGAAUGAUACUUGAAUUAGAGUACUAGUCGUUAUUUCUGAUUAUGUGUCUGGUUUAUAUUAAGGCAUGUCUGCCAUUUUGUCUGCUGUUGCCUAUUGUUAUGGUUGCCAUGACUCGACUGAAUAGAUGCUGGGUGACUCGACUAACAGACACGGGGGCCGACUGAUACUGUAUCACUGCUUCAACCUUCUGUAUAUUGACAUGCAAUUACUAGACCGAGACACACUUGGGGGGGAGAGAAGUUGAAGAAAAAGAGAUUAUGUAUGCAUGACAGAAAACAGCACAGCUUUUAGGCGACUCAGAGCGAUCUGGUUAAGAGCACAUCACUGAAGCACUGUUCAAAUGCAUUUUAAUGGUGUCGAAUGACAAUUCUAAAUACGCUGUACAUAUACACUUUUUGCCAAAAUAAUUAAAAAAUAUGGUUUUAUUAUA